AUGAAAGACCCGGGGAAUCUCUCUAUCCCUUGCAAUAUCAAUGGAAAAUUGUUCCAAAAUGCUCUUUGUGAUCUUGGUGCUAGUGUUAGCAUCAUGCCAUAUUCCGUUUUCAAGAAGCUUAAGUUAGGUGAGCUCAUACCAACCAACAUGACCCUACAAUUGGCCGACCGUUCUAUUAAGUUCCCCAAGGGUAUAGUCGAGGAUGUCCCCCUUAAGAUAGGAGAGUUCACUAUCCCCGUUGACUUCAUUGUGCUAGAGAUUACGGAAGAUGAUAAUAUUCCUAUCAUCUUAGGGAGACCAUUACUAGCGACUUCGGGGGCUUUAAUUGAUGGGAAAGGCAGUAUUAUUACUUUGUGUGUUGGUAAUGAUAAGGCAAGUUUUAAGCUCAAGUCGAUGCAUGAGUCUCUAUCUUACAUGCAAGGAAUUAUGUGCAUUAAUUCAUUUCCCUUGAAUGAUGAUGCUUGCAUGUUUGUGUCUUCUACUAAUGAUAUGCUUGUAGCUUGUGAUGAUACUCCUAAUUGUGUUUAA